AUGAAUCGUUUUCUGUGUAACCCAAAUGAUGCCCCAUCGAAUAUAUCAUCAGCACAACAAUUCUUUCAAGUGACAAGUUUCAUAUCUAUCCAUGCAUUACCAGUCUUUGCAUUGGCCGGUAAUUCAUUGAUUCUUCUUGUUAUCUUAACCAAUUCUCAAUUAAAUCGUUCAUCAUUUUCGGUCUACGUGAAAUCAAUGGCUAUUUCGGAUACUCUUGUACUUGUACUUAAAUUACUCUCGUAUGAGAAUAAAACUUCAAAAUUAUUUUACUGGCCAUCAUUAUGCACAGGUUUCGUAUUUCUCACAGAUACGAGUGUUCUGUUGUCAGUUUGGACAAUUGUGUUAAUAACUAUUGAACGCACAUUGGUGGUUGUAUAUCCAUUACAUAUAAAAAAGUUUGUUUCAGUACGCCGUGCACGAAUGUUUAUAUUUCUAAUCGCGACAUGCAGCAUAGUUCUCUCUGCACGCGUUCUUUUGUUAUCAAUUGAUGUGUCACCAAGUCAAAAGAACCGUUGUCAACCAGAGGCAAACUGGUAUGGAUAUUACAAAGUGAAUGGAACCAUCACUGAAUUCGUUAGUUGUUUUAUUCCUUUAACAAUUGUUAUCACAAGUAAUUGUAUAACUUUAUACACCGUGAAACGAGCUGUUUUUCAACGACAUCAAAUUCUAUCACAUCAAAUCGCAACACAAAAGCGACCAUUGGAUACAAAUGAAAAUCAAUUAAUGUUGAUGUUACUAGUUGUAACACUGAUGUUUAUGGUUUAUUUCCUUCCAUAUACAAUCACUAAUGUUAUCUUAAGAUGGGGUUUACCCUUUGGCUUAUGCUUUACUCGACGAGCUUUUGAAGUUUAUUUAUACAUCAGAACAUUAAGUGAAUUAUUAAAAGAUUUGAAUUUUUGCACAAAUUUUAUUAUUUAUUGUAUCAGUGGACGACGAUUUCGUUAUGCAUUGUUUUCACUCAUUCGCCGUCAGAAGAAAAGAAUGUCGUCAACAGUAAAAUAUCAAGAAAACUCAAGACAACAUGGCGAUCGACCAUUACAACACAGUACAAGUACACGAAAAUUCAAUAAUUUAACUCAAAAACCAACUUAUGAAGAGUCACAAUUUUGA